AAAAAUUAUGAAAUGCACAGACCCGUCAAAAAACUAAAAUAACACACUUUGAAAGAAUAAAAUUAUAGAGAAUAUAUGUGCAUUACAGGAAGUACCAUGUGGUGUCAGUAGCUACCGGUGUGGUGCUCUGGUCUUGUUUGAUGUUAACAGUCGGCUGCGUUUGUGUUCCCUCUGUGUGCUGCCCCAGCUCUGCGCAGAUAGCUGACACGGCAGACCCCGUAGGAGAACGCCCAAAGACCACAGACUCUAGUAAGAUACAAAGGCACCCGAGCCAGGUUUAUUGUCAAACGAAGCACAGUAAUAGUUCCCCGUAGACUCUACAAGACAUACUACGAAUUUGUGCCCCCUGGCAAUGGACCGGCUCAGUCAGUGGCGGGACUUUCCACUGCCCCCUAGGCCAGACAAAGAUGUGCACUCCAGGACCUACUUUUAUAUAGUUACAGGACAGAUUACUCAUUCCUACUGAUGUAUUGAGGUACAGCCCCUUGGCUUAUUAGGGUGCUGUCUCCCCCUUUGAUCGUGUUUCAAACAAACAGAUCUAUCCAUCAUGCUGUCCUUUUGACCCUGUCUUUAAGAUGCACCUUCCUGUUCCUUGUUAUCUCUGUGGAGUGUCCGCGUAUCGGGCUGUCCAGGUGCCAUCUUGGCACAAGUUCCUCUUAUUAGCACUUAUAUGUGAAUGCACCUGCUUCUAACAAGCCUCUUUUUGCCAACUUCUGUGAGUGGGGCCUGCCUCUGGCUCACAGCCCAGCUUUUGCUUAGCAAUUCAUAGAUUCUAGGACUGGAAGGGACCUCGAGAGGUCAUCGAGUCCAGUCCCCUGCCCUCAUGGCAGGACCAAAUACUGUCUAGACCAUCCCUGAUAGACAUUUAUCUAACCUACUCUUAAAUAUCUCCAGAGAUGGAGAUUCCACAACCUCCCUAGGCAAUUUAUUCCAGUGUUUAACUACCCUGACAGGAACUUUUUCCUAAUGUCCAACCUAAACCUCCCUUGCUGCAGUUUAAGCCCAUUGCUUCUUUUUCUAUCCUUAGAGACUAAGGUGAACAAGUUUUCUCCCCCCCCCAUGACACCCUUUUAGAUACCUGAAAACUGCUAUCAUGUCCCCUCUCAGUCUUCUCUUUUCCAAAGUAAACAAACCCAAUUCUUUCAGCAUUCCUUCAUAGGUCAUGUUCUCAAGACCUUUAAUCAUUCUUGUUGCUUUUCUCUGGACCCUCUCCAAUUUCUCCACAUCUUUCUUAAAAUGCGGUGCCCAGAACUGGACACAAUACUCCAGCUGAAGCCUAACCAGCACAGAGUAGAGCGGAAGAAUGACUUCUCGUGUCUUGCUCACAACACACCUGUUAAUACAUCCCAGAAUCAUGUUUGCUUUUUUUGCAACAGUAUCACACUGUUGACUCAUAUUUAGCUUGUGGUCCACUAUAACCCCUAGAUCCCUUUCUGCCGUACUCCUUCCUAGACAGUCUCCUCCCACUCUGUAUGUGUGAAACUGAUUUUUCCUUCCUAAGUGGAGCAAUGCCUGGAAGUACUUUGGUUCAGUCUUCAGGCCUCAGACUGGGCCUCUGACACAAGAGUUUAUGUUUCAGGGCCUCAUCUUACUACACCAAGAAGUAACAACAAUAAUAAUACAGGUAUGUGUUGGGAGGUGAGUGUGCAAGAGACUGUGUGUGUGUGUGUGAGAGAGAGAGAGUCUGUAUGCUGGCUACUGAGGAAGUUUCUGAGAGAUGCCGUGUGCUGUUUAAGGCACUCACUGAAACCUGUCCUGAACCCUGUCUCUCCUCCCCUGCUCUGCAGAGAUGGGGUACAUGGGGAAAGAGAGAGAGUUUGUGUGUGUCUGUCUGUCUCUCACACACAUGCAGACAGAGAGACUGGGUGAGCUGGCUGCUGGGGAUGUCUCAGAAACCAUGUGCUGUCUCUUUAAGAAAGGCACUCAAUCACUGUUCCAACCUCAGACCGCAGCAGCUCCGAGUCCUCCUGAGACAGGCUGUCCCCUCUCCCCUGCUCUGCAGAGAUGGGAUACAGGGAUGGGGGGAGGGGGACACCCUGACAUCAGCACCUUGCUCCCCCUGACCUCUCCCCACCACUCUGCACAGCCAGCAGGGGGUUCUUGGGAGAAGAUGCAGGACAGAGCAAUGUGGCUGCAAAGCAGCAGGGGAGAGGCACCGGAACACACACUGCCAGAUGUACGCGCUCUGCUAAUCAAUUGGGCGGCACUUGAAUCUCUCUUGGGCAGCCACCCAAAUACGCAGCUUACAGGGAACUGUAAGGAUUCAACUUUAGAAACUGUAGAAUAGAAUUAAUACUUGAUCUACAGAAACAAUAGCUCUUUGACCUGCCAAAGAGGCAUAUUAAGCAUCAGUCAGGCUGCUUAUAAAAAAGUUCCAAUAGUCUUCAAGCCUUUGAAGUUGUCUAUAGACAACAACGUAUAACUCAAGUUUUGCAAAUUAUACAAAAAAGUCCAUAUAUUGAAAAGCAUGCUCAAACCAUUCAUGUAAUUGUAAGACUAAGUGAAAGUGGUGCAACAUCAAAGCACUUAAAGACCAAGCCUGCUGUGAGACUUUCCAGCAACACUUGUCUAAGAAACUCUCUAACUUGCCUGACAACAUCACUGACAUUCAAGAGCACCGGGAUCAGCUUAAAAAUAACAUUCACAAUGCAUGUGCUGAAACCGUAGGCUAUUCCACUGAUCAGCACCAAGACUGGUUUGAUGAAAACAACGAAGAAAUCCUAGCAUUAAUUCAAUAGAAAAGAAAUGGAUUCUGUAACUAGCAAAAUGAUUCCUCUAAUUAACAAAAACAUGAGGCCUAUCACCUGCUCAAAGCGGACAUCCAAAGGAAGCUACAUGACAUCAGAAACAAAUGAUGGCAAGAGAAGACCUCUGAGACCCAGAGUUUCGUAGACCAAGAUGACAUGAGAAUCUUCUAUCAAGCAACAAAAGCUAUAUAUGGGUUAAGCUCCAAAGGCCCAAUCCCCUUACAUUCCUCAAGGACAAUGCAGCCAUUAAACAAAGCUGGAAGGAGCACUUUGAGAGCCUACUAAACCACGAAUUCAGUCUCUGAAGACACCAUCGAGUUCACUCCCCGAUGCUCAGCAAUGGAAGACCUUGCCGAUCCUCCAUCUUUUGAGGAAGUCUGGCAUGCCAUCACCAAGACAAAAAAUCACAAGGCACCAGGCCCAGACGGCAUCCCAGCUGAGGUUUUAAAAACUGGUGGAACAAUGCUCCAGUCCAAUCUUUGCCAUCUCCUCGAUAAAAUCUGGACCUGCGAAGAAAUUCCACCUGACUUUAAGAACACCAACUUUGUUACAAUAUUCAAGAAAGGGGACAAAUCUUUGUGCAGAAACUAUAGAGGUAUUGCCCUCCUCUCCAUUGCAGGGAAGAUCCUUGCUUGGAUCCUACUAAACUGCCUCCUCCCCCUUGCCAAGGAACUUCUCCCUGAAUCACAGUGUGGCUUCAGGCCAUCUUGAGGCACAACCGACAUGAUCUUUGUGGCAUGACAGAUUGAGGAGAAGUGCAGAGAGCAACACCAGGAACUGCUCAUGGCAUUCAUCAAUCUAACCAAGGCCUUUGACUCUAUCAAUCGUGAUGCCCUAUGGAAGGUGCUGUGUAGGUUUGGCUGCCCACAGAAAUUCAUUUCCAUCAUCAGACUAUUCUAUGAGGGAAUGCACCAUUCUGUGCAACGGCUCAGAGACUGAACCAUUUUUAAUUCGCACUGGUAUCAAGCAGGGCUGUGUCAUAGCUCCAACACUCUUCAAUAACAAACAAUAAUAUUAAUUAACACAAAAAGGUGUAGUCAGAAUUUGACUUAACUGAGUCUUUAUCCUCCAAUGACAGUUGAAAAAAAAAAAGCCGGCAGUGACCAGAUGGACAAAAGCAAAGAACUGGCUUCUGGCAAAGACAGAAAUGAACUGACAGCCUUUAAAGGGGAAAGUAUUCUAUGCAUUCAUCUAAUUAUUAGGCCACUGAGUUUUUUAUAUGAGUAACUUAUUUUGCCAUUUUGUAUGUUACACAUAGAAUUAAUUUGGUGACCAGAAAUGCUGGUGGAGGGAAUCCAUCUGUCGUCAGAUGCCACCGGUGUGGUGUGGUGCUCUGCUCUGUCAACUGCGUGCGUGUGUUCCCUCUGUGUGCUGCCCUGGCUCUGCAGAUCGCUGGCACGGCAGACCCUGAGAGAACCCCCAGUGACCACAGACUCUAAUAAGAUUUUUUUUUUUUACAAAAGUCUGUUCCAGUUUCUUUAAAUGGAGAACCCAGGAUUUGAAAUGCAAGAAGAGAAAAUACAGAGUUCCUCAAAUAUGAAAGAACAGACAAAGCAAGAGGUACCGGAAAGAAAGAGCCACUGGUCGCUAAUGAACAUCUUUCUAGUUUGUCUCUUGGCCUGCUUCAUCUCCACCAUCAUAGGAGUGCUGAUUAUUUCCUCGGUCUACAUUAAAAACAUUGGAUUUCUGACACAGCUAAACAUGCAAAAGCAUGAAAUAACCUCUCCAAAAACACCAAUAACAAUGUCAGACAAAAAAAGAGUAGAUGUCAAAUUCCAGUUUCUGAAUCAUCUGGGUAAAUCUAAGGUAUUUCAGUUUCCUGGGGGUGAUAUUCAAUGGGCAAGAUUUAGGUAUGAUGUAAAGGAUUAUCCGAGUGAUGAAGAAAUGGAAUUUGGAACAAGCAUCAACAAUCAGCGAUCUAAGAUGACUUUUGGAACAUUACGGAUCAAGAGCAAAGGGCUCCGGGCCCCCCAUUGGCACUUUAAUGCCAAUGAACAUGGCUUUCUCCUAAAGGGUAGUGCCUGGAUUGGUGUUGUUGAUGCUGGUGGUAGCAUAGUAACCACAUACAAUGUUACCGCAGGCCAAGUGAUUUUCUUCCCUAAAAACACAUUGCAUUGGGUAAAGAAUGUGGGAGAAGAUGACUGUUUGUUCCUGUUGUUUUUUACAACACAUGAAGAACUUCAAACCUUGGAUGUUGAUGAUGUGUUUUUCUCUACACCAGAAGACAUAGCAGCAAGAUCAUUAAAGCCUCAAGGUGGAGUGAAUUUUAUUAGAACAUUCAAGAAACAAACAGAAGAUCAAGCCAUUAACCUUCCACCAAACUUAGUAGAGCUUGUUCAGAAUGCCAGCUAUGUGCAGUCUCCAGACAAGCUAGUGUGGCGAUACUUCUAUAAUCUCAAAGAUUCAACAGAAUUCAAACUUUCAGGAGGAGUAAUUCAGUGGGCUCGCUUUCGCAAAAAUGGAGUGGGUCUAAAUGACAAUGAGAAAAUCUUCAGUGAGUCACUGCAAAUGCAUGAAAAUUCUCUUACCUUAGCAACUAUCAGGAUAUACAGCAAUGGACUACGCCAACCUCAUUUUCAUUUCAAUGCUAACGAGAUGGGCUAUGUCAUUAGUGGCUGUGGAAAGGUGGGAAUUAUUGUUUCAUCUAAAAUUACCACCGACUUUGACAUUGGCAUUGGAGAUGUUGUAUUUUUCCCCAUUGGAACACAACAUUAUAUCAAAAGCACAUGUGAUGAGGAUUUGCUUAUGAUUCUAGCAUUCAGCACGGGCAACCAGCUGCAAACCCUUGAUAUGGAUGACUACUUCCAUGCCACAGCAGAUCAUAUUCUAGCCCAGCUUUUCUUCAAGAAACAGGAGGAAUUUAAGAAGAUCCCAAGGUUUAGUGAGGAUCAGGCAAUUAACCUGCCACAGCAGCAAAAUUUAAUUGCUAAAAAUAAUUAAGUUUCACUGCCUUAUUUUUAAAAGUACUUUUUACAUUUCUUGCUGUUUAUCCAGGGGAGCUGUUCAGAAAACAAAGUAAUCUCAUUUUAACUUUUAUGUUGUUAUUUUAGUUGAUAUUUGAGUAAGAGCAUUGUUUAAAGUAUUUUGUAAAUAAAGGUAGC